AGAGGAGGAGAGGAGAGACCAGAUGAGAAGAGGAUAGAGGAGGGAAGGAGAGAGAAGUGACCGGAAGAGUUCAGAGGAGCGGAGAACCGAGAGGAGGUGAGAGGAUAGAAGACAGGUGGAGAGAAAGGAGGAGAGGAGAGACCAGAAGAGAGGAGAGGAGAGAGCAGAAACCAGAAUAGUGGAGAGGAGAGGGGAGAGAACAGAGGAGAGGAGAGGAGAAAAGGAGGAGACAGAGGAGAGAAGGAUAACCCCUGUCUUCACGAUGGGCUGUUGUCUAUUUGUUCACCACCGGAAGAAAAGGAAGCAGCAGAGGGAGGUGGAUUCGUUGAGUCUCUGCAGUCUGGACAUCAAUGAGCCCAGUACUAAGAGGACUAGGUCUAUCUCUAAAGUCUCCUCCCUCAUCAACCUCCUGCCUCCUGUUAAAACUGCUCCCCUGAAACGGAUUGGUCAGACCCUGCAGCGCUCCAUCAGUUUUCGUAAUGACAGGCGUACAGAGGCCCCGCCCCCCUCUCAACCCUGGCCCCGCCCCUCUGUGAAUCAGACACGGCCCUUGGCCACGGGGGCGGCGGCCUCCAGCAGUAAGAGGCGAGACAGCAAACUGUGGAGCGAGACGUUUGAUACAGGACACGGGACCCCCCAGAUGCUGAGCCCCCAGGACAUACGCAGACAGGAGGCUAUCUUUGAGCUGGCGCAGGGCGAGCAAGACCUCGUAGAAGAUCUGCAUCUGGCACGAAAGGCCUACCAUGAUCCCAUGCUGAAGCUGUCCAUCAUGACCGAACAAGAGCUGAACCAAAUCUUUGGCACCUUAAAUUCACUCAUACCACUGCACGAAGAUCUGCUGUGUCAACUCCGAGACGCCAGAAACCCUGACGGAUCUACAGAGUUGGUGGGACCCAUCCUCACACACUGGCUGCCCUGUCUGAGGCAGUACACAGGCUACUGCAGUAAACAGCUGGCCGCUAAGUCUCUGCUCGACCGGCGGAAGCAGGACCCUCGCGUGGAGGACUUCCUGCUACGGUGCCUCCAGUCGCCCUUCAGCAGGAAGUUGGACCUCUGGAACUUCCUGGACAUCCCUCGCAGCCGAUUGGUCAAAUACCCGCUGCUGCUACGGGAGAUUCAGAAGCACACGGCCAAUGAGCAUCCAGACAAACCGUACCUGGACCAGGCGGUCAGCAUGGUCCAGGGUCUCCUGUCAGACAUCAACCAGAGGACAGGGGAGGCGGAGUGUCAGUACUUUAAGGAGCGCUUGGUUUACGGGCAGAAAAGCUGGAGGGACGGGAUGGUAGAAUGCUCCACAACACUCUGUUGCCAUGGAGAACUGAAGAACACCAGGGGGGUGAAACUUCAUGUAUUUCUGUUCCAGGAUGCCCUAGUUAUUACCAGGUCCUCCUCACUCAACGACCAGCCAAUCAGCUAUCAGCUCUGCCACCAGCCAAUCCCCAUCCAGCAGCUGGUGCUGGAGGACCUACAGGACGGAGAGAUGAGAGUGGGCGGGUCCAUACGAGGAGCUUUCAGCAACAAUGAACGCAGUAAGAACUUCUUACGUCUUUCGUCCCCUAGAGGACAGCAAAGUCACUGUCUCCAGGCCAGCGAUGCCUUCAACAAGCAGCAGUGGAUCAACUGCAUCCGCCUGGCCAAGGAGGCAGCCGUCUUAGAUGUGGAGCCUCUGGAGGCGGGGCCAUCAGCCAAGGCAGGGGCGGAGCCUAUUGAAGAUAUUAAAGCAGCGGCGGAGCUGGAAGGAGUGGAUUAUGGUUCCAGAGAGGAGAAGCAGGAAGAGGAAGAGGAGGAGAGUUGUGAAGAGAGGGAGAGGCGUGUGGGGGCAGGGAUCUCCUCCUCCUCCCACAGUGAAGAGGAGAUGAUGGAAGAGGACCACGCCCCUCUCCAAGAGGAGGCGGGGCAAGCAUCCGACUACCCUGAAAAACAUGCCCCACAGCUAAUCAGAAGAGGACUUUCUUGUGAUGACGUUGCAGGGUAGGAGAUGGGUUAAAGGAUAACUAAACCAGAGAUAUAUGCAUAGACACCACAUUGGCCUUUCGAUUGUACGUCAACGUCGCCGCCAUAUUGGAGAGGCCAAGACUGGUCUGUUGACAGGUUAAAGUAAACGGGGUACCUGUGGCUUUUCUGAAUUAACUGCACUAAAAGAUUAACAUUUAUCGACCAAUUUCAAUUAGUCCUUUUUAUAUUCAUAUUUAAUCGUAAAUUAUAUAUAUAUAUAUAUAUAUAUAUAUAUAUAUAUAUAUAUAUAUAUAUAUAAUAUUCGAAAAUCUGUUGAGAAAUGUCAACAGAAAAGUAAAUAAGGAUGUUUCACAGCGACUGGUCGAAGCAGUCAAUAGAGAGUUUAUGAACAUAUGCCUAUGAACCGAGCCCAUGUAAACGCCCCGUCAGUUCAGUUUAAAUAAUCGGAGGGCAAGUGUGUUGCAUCAAUGCUUAAUCAGCAGGUAACCGGGUAAACAUAUAGCAAUCAUAGAUCAUUCCUGCAAUACCAUGUGUUCAACCUAUAGAUGGGGUCAAAAUUACCCACUAUAAACCAAUGUACAUAUGGUGUUUGUUGUCCUGAACUAUACAAGCCUUGUGACUUUUUUAAUGCCAAGAAAAUAACGGGACUCAAGGUCGGAGCAGAGUAGCUGAUCACAAACUUCACUGGCUAAACAUAGCAAAAAAAGAUUAUAUGUUCAAGAUUACAGUAUUCCUACUAAUUGGGUGUCAAGCAACUAUGUUGCGAGACAACCUAUUGUUUUUUAGAUUAAGAUUGUCAACUAGAAACGUACAACCAUAUUAUAAUGAAAGUGUUCUAAAAUAGAAAUCCACAAUGACAUAUUUUUGAGGAGUAAGUAAUACAAAACUGCCAUUCAAAUUAAUUAAUAAACAAAAACCGCCUUAAUUUGCAUACAUACAAUUAGUCUAUUUCAUAUUUUUGACAUAACAAGUAUACCAUUGGACUGUCCAAAGGUGUAAUAACAACUGCUGUAAAAUUAGUCUCAAAACUUUACAUCGUUACCACAAUUUACUGGUGCAUUUUAGCAACGCCAAUUAACAUCAUCUGGCUUUGAUGAAAGGUUGAUAUACAAGCAAGAUUCAAAGUGCCCCUGAUUAAAUCUAGAUCAACAUGUCUUCAACUGAACUGUGUUUGAGAAUAGAAUAAUGUAAAAUACUGAUGCCUUCCUACCUGUGUUCAGUCAGUCAUUGAAAUCCAACUUGUAUCUGAAACAACACUGUGCUUAUUAAAUUCUGAAUGCUGUUUUCUGAUGGAGGCAUGCUACAGUUAAUCAGCAUACCUACCUUUAGUUUACCUUACCCUGAUGCUAGCAAUAUUAACCCAGCCGUUUGGUUUAGUUGUAACCUGAUACUAGCAGUAGGCUAUAUUAGCCCCGCAAUUCAUCUAGCCAACCCUGAUGCUAGCAGUUGUCUGCUUAUUAGCUGGGCAGCAAUUGUGUGAAAAUAUGUGUAGACAUUAUAAUAAAAUCAAAAAUUGUGAUUCAACUUUUAAAUGUUUUUUAUUUGACUUUGUAUCAAUAUUCCCUGUCAUUUUUUUCUUGACUUUAUUGUUUUUGAGUGCCUCGAAAAAUGCUCUUUAAUUAAAGUAAUACUACAAUACAUUUA